AAGCUAGAGACCUGCGCUACAGUUCUAAUGUUGCGGCGGUGACUCUGAGUGCAUCAGUCAGUCCGGGAACAGACGGAGGGAAAAGUCGGAGGGGAGCGCACGCAGGGACUCAGCGGGAUGACAAUUACAAGCAGAACAGAACAAGUGCACCUGCUCCUCUCGCGUUAUUUCAGCGAUAAAUCCGAAAACACCGGGCUGUGCAGUCCUCGCUUGGGAACACCGCGGUGUGGAAAGUCUCAGUGUAGAGAACAGAUGGGCGGGAGCUGAGACCGCAGUACAAAGCGAAAGGAAGAGCAUAUCCAUGAGCGGAGAUUCACGUCUCAGGCUGGAGAUGACGGCUGAGACGUGGGAGAACGGCAGCUUUGCCAGCCCCUCGCCUGGCCUCCCUCUGUUUCUGCUCAUGUUCAACGACAGCGAUCUGAACGAGACUCUGUUCAACUCCACCAACUCCACGGCCCCAGAUGCCUCUUCGGGUCCCAGUGUGGCAGGGGUCCUCAUCCCACUCAUAUACAUCAUCGUAUGCAUCAUUGGCCUGGGUGGAAACACUUUGGUGAUUCACAUUGUGCUGCACUACUCAAAGAUAGAGUCAGUGACCAACAUCUACAUCCUCAACUUGGCCAUUGCUGAUGAGCUCUUCAUGCUCGGUCUGCCUUUCCUGGCCGUUCAGAACACCCUCCAGUCGUGGCCCUUUGGCUCCUUCAUGUGUCGAUUGGUUAUGACUGUUGACUCUAUUAAUCAGUUCACCAGCAUCUUCUGUCUGACAGUGAUGAGCAUCGACCGCUACCUUGCUGUGGUCCAUCCCAUUCGGUCUUCUAAGUGGCGCCGCCCACAGGUGGCUAAAGUGGUGAACGGCACUGUGUGGGCAUUUUCAUUUCUUGUAGUUAUGCCUGUAGUCGUCUUUGCUAACAUCCAGAAGGCAGGAGGCACCUGUAACAUCGCCUGGCCUCAGCCAGCUAACAUCUGGAGGGCUGCUUUCAUCAUUUACACCUCCACCGUAGGAUUCUUCUGUCCUCUUCUGAUCAUCUGUCUCUGCUACCUGCUCAUCGUCUUCAAGAUCCGCAGUUCGGGUAAAAAAGUUCACGCCACCUCGACCAAGCGAAGGAAGUCCGAGCGGAAAGUGACACGCAUGGUUGUGAUCGUCGUUGCCGUGUUUGUCUUCUGCUGGCUGCCUUUCUACGCCCUCAACAUCAUCAACCUGCUGGUGUCCCUGCCCUCUGACUACCAGGGCCUUUACUAUUUUGUCGUAGUGCUCGGCUAUGCUAACAGCUGUGCCAACCCCAUCGUCUAUGGCUUCUUGUCAGACAACUUCAAGAGGGGCUUCCGGAAAGCCCUGUGUCGCUCCACGAGGAAGGUGGAGAACCAUGAGCCCAUGGAGCACCAGCAGCAGGAGGAGGGCAGGAGGGCGCUCAUGCCCAGAGAGAGCCUGAGACGAGUCAUCAGGGAUGAAGAGGACGACGAGGAAGAUGUUUCAGAAAUGACUGAGAUCUACAGAAUCACUCAGAAUGGAAACAGCAGCUUCAAACCACAGAGUUCGCAACAGCUGUUCUCGGAGAAAGGAGCAACUCCAGGAGCAACAGAGCUGUCGACGCCCGACAAGAAUGACAACGCUGGGGACGCAAAGGUGAAAGAGUCUGUCAAUGGGUCCACACUGACUGUCCCACUACUUCUCAAUGGAGCCAAAAAUGGGACCAUUAAAACUCUUCCAGAGGAAAACUUAGAACAGAGUACCUCACUUGAGAUAAGUUAUUUGUAGUGUAAAAUAUAGAAGAGUACGGCACAUUUAUGUUACUUGAUGUGAAAUCAGUAUUAUAACUCUGGUAAACCUGCCACUCAUGAAAAAAACAGAGCAAAUAGGCCAUUUCAGCAUUUCAGAAAAACUGUCCUUAAAAGUAGUUUUUUGAUUAAUGGACUCAUACUGGAAUGAAUGACUGUUUAUAAUCUGUAAAUAUGUGUCUAUUUGCAUGUCUGAUAAUACAAAUCUGUGCUUUAUUUAGUUCAGUCACGUAUAUAUGGUCUUUGUUUUUUAAGCCUUUAUAUCCCAUCAUUUACUCAGGUUUGGCUGUAUUUAAGCUUAAGUCAACAUCUGCACAUACUACAUAUGAACACUUCAUACAUAACAUGGUUUUACUUGGAUGUAUGCCUACAGCGCCGUCUCUGUUUAUGUACCAUAAUGGUUUGGCAAAUAAUGUUCAGCUGCUACAAACUUCUGCUUUACUUCUGGAGGACUAAAUUUGUGUAGCGCUGCUUGGAGCGGAUGGUGGGCGAGCAAAACAAAACACUAUCUUGGCACUCCAGUUAAAGUUGGUGAAAGAUUCCUUUAAUAAAAUUUUUUUUUGACUUUGUAUUAAACCAAGACUUUAAUCUUUCUCUAAAUCUAACCAAGUGCUGCCAGCACCUAAACUUAACACAUCAAUUCAUUUAUACUGGAGAUAUUAAGUUUUUGUAUUUUUUCCUUUACGCGUACUUAAAUGCAACAAACCCAUUUCAGCCUGUACAAGACAUUUAAUGCAUUUCAGUACAUUUCAUCAUUUAAAUACAAAAAUUAGUGUUUAUUUUUAGGGUUAGAACUGUUAGAAAAUCAUAAUGAACAACUGCAGACGUACCAUCAGAGAAGAGCUGUUAAGAUGCUAAGAAAAAAAAAAAGUUCCAUGGCUCAUACCAGAGGCUGAAUGAAUGUGACAGUGACACAGCUUGCUGUGAGAAUACAGAUUUACUUUGGAACUAUUGACAUGUUUUCUCUGUAUUGUAAUUGAUGUAUUUAUUGUAUCUUUUAUUUGUCUGUAUUAAGUUUCACAAGUUUUAUUUAAAGAUUCAAUACCGUACA